AUGUCAGACGAGUUAUCACCUGAUGAAAUUGCUCUUUAUGAUAGACAAAUUAGAUUAUGGGGUACAUCAACCCAAUUGAAAUUACGUUCAACAAAAAUAUUACUUAUUAAUUUAGGUGCUAUUGGAAGUGAAAUUGUUAAGAAUUUAGUAUUAGGAGGGAUCAACACUAUUGAAAUACUAGAUAAUUCAACGAUUAAACCUCAAGAUUUUGCUGCUCAAUUUUUUUUACCCAAUGAAGAGGAUUCAGCAUGUAUUGGACAAUUAAAAUUACCAUUAGUUAUUGAAAAAAUACGAGAGUUGAAUAAUCGAGUCAAUUUAUCAAUCAAUACUGAUAUGACAAUUGAUCAAUUAGAGUCAAAUUACUUAAAAAAAUUUGAUUUAAUUAUUGCUACUGAAAUUAAUAAUAAAUCAGAAAUUUUCCAAUUGAAUAAAUUGACUAGAAAUUUAAAUAUUCCAAUGUAUUUAACGGGGAUGCAUGGAUUAUUUGGUUAUAUUAUUACUGAUUUGAUUGAACAUGAAUCAAUUCUUACUAAACCCAAAGGUAAUGUUGCUCGACAAUCAGGAGUUCAAUUAUCACCCAAUAAAACUAUUAUUAAUGUUACUAGCACCAAUAAUAAUGACCAUGACAACAAUAAUGAUAAUGGUUCUGGGAAAAAUGAAUUAAUAACUAUAAAAGAUCAAUUUGUACCUAUAGAUUCAAUAUUUGUAUCAAAAAAAUUACCAACUCAAUUUACUAAAAAACAAUUAACCAAGAAAAUAUCACCUAUUUUACCAUUAAUAUUUGCAUUAUUUGAAAUCGAUCUCCCUACAAUUGACAACAAGGAAGUUUUACCAUCGAUUGAUAUUGAAAUUUUAAAAGCAAAAUCUAUUGAAAUUUGUCAUAAAUUUGAAAUCCCUCAUGAAAUUAUUACUCAACAAUAUUAUGAAAUGUUUAGUAAAUGUGCAUUCACUGAAUUUGCUCCAAUUUCAGCUAUAUUGGGAGGAACAGUAGCACAAGAUGUAAUACAAUUUUUAAGUGGGAAAGAAAGUCCUAUCAAUAAUGUAUUGGUAUUAGAUUCAAUAACACUGGAAAUGCCAAUUUAUCUGCUUUAA